AUGUCUACCAGCGAGCCUAAUCCGUCUCAAGAACUCAAGUUCCCCCCGGUUCAAGUUGCUCGCUCACUCACUAAGCUUGAUCUUGAAACACUCAUGAUGAGGUCGACACAACGCCGACUGCCAGAAGAUGCGGGCAGCACUCUCGACGACAGCAGUUAUGACCUGCUCGGCGAUGGCGUCAUGGACAUGUCCGACGACGAAGCACACACGGAAUCGAUCGCGUCCACUGACGGUCCUACGCCCGAUGACACGUCUGACGACUUUAGUGAUGACGACGUCGAGUACGAGACCGGCGGCAGAGGCUUACAAGAUAGCACCUACUCUUCGCACGGCGAGCACCCCGAGCACCAAACCCAAGUACAUCCUAUACUGUCCGGAGAGGACUCUAGUCUGACGGAGGUGCCGCCAUACCUAAGUGGGAGCAUGAGCUCAAGGCAUUUCACACUUCACGAGCGGGCCACAGGUAACGUCGACAUAACUCAAGGAAGCAGUGUCAUCAAGAGCUCGGCAGGUUACACAGACGAGCUCCCACUGGUGUUCGAGCGUUAUGGUUGCAAAGAGAUCAGGUUGUCGGUCAAAGCGGCCUUGUCUCAACAACCCCUCACCGCCCCAGACGCGUACCGAAUACUGUACAUUGGUAGUGGAAAGUGGGCAGAAGGCACCAUUACUUCCAAGAUCGGCGCGGCACUCGCUGCCUACCCGAACACCUCGAAGACGGUCAUGGUUCGCGGCCAGGUCGAGCCAUACGCUCCAGUCCCGCACGCUGACCGUUGUGUCAAGAUCGAGGUCCGCAACUCGCGUGGGAAGUCACACGUCCUCGCGAUCAUGGAAGAUGGACGCCAACUUAAGUUCGGUUCUGGCAUGUCUGCUCACUCUCCAGAUCGACCAGACCUUGUGGUCAUAUGCCAUCCAAGCGUCCUUGACCACACUGCUGACAAGCAAGAUCUUGCAUCUGCUAAGGAAGUAUUUGAACACGAGGCAAUCCCAUGCAUCGAACUUGCUGAGACCAAUCCAUUUGGGGCUGGAUCUUCUGUUGAUGAGAAUACUUCGUUGAGGAUAUGUGUAGAAGGCCGAGACAACCCAAGCACCGAUUAUGAGCUGAAGGAAGUGCUGCCUCUUGACAUCCACCAGUUCGACCAACUCGAGCCAUCACAGCUUAACCGCCAUCUCGCGCUGAUCAGCCCUCAUCUAGCGACGGCACAAGGCACAAAGGCUCCGACCGCCCGUACAUCUUGGCUCAGUGACAAGUCUAAGGCGUCCACGAAGAAGGUUGGUUCGCAUUUGCACUGGGCUAGGUGGCUAGCAUCUGCUAUCCUCUUAUUCGCCCUCGUUCCUGCACUUCUUCAGGGUACAGCCUACCUCCCUAUGCUCUACCAGAAAGUAUCACAGAUUCAGUCGGUAUCACCAGCCGUAUCUGAGACGCAGAGCCUCAUGUCCACAAUUACACCCAUAGCAGCAGUCUCUCCAAGCGCAGCUCACUCCCCGUUGUCAUUUUCCACGUCAAUCCCAGCAGCACUUCAAGGAGGGCUCACCCUCGUAUCCCCUCAGCAGAAGCAGCCCGACCGAAAGCUAAAGGCGAAGAGCGACCAGGUUGGAGGUUUUGAGAUCCAGACCACCGGGGAUCACCAGUUCGUUCUUCGUCCUUCAAAGGCGUUCAGCUCAAGUCGGAAAAAGCCCCAGCUUCAAAUCCAAGUUUCUCACCAGUCGGAAGAGGUACCAGCCCGCUACAACCGAACCAUCACUGGCGAGUACAUUGUCGAUCUGGAACAGCAAUAUCGAUUUGACAAGUUCAAUGUCAGUAUCGCUACUCACUCAAAGCCUCUGCUGCGACAAUCGUUCGAAGUAAUGCUGGGACAUAACAAGUCAACGCUUGACCAACUUCUCGACACCGCCAAGUUGAACAUGUUCGAUACACAGAUGGCCCUUCUAAAUGUCUCGACUACAGCCGCCCAAGCUAUGCAGGUAUACAUGGCCGGUCUAGACAAAUACGCCUCAAAGCAAAUCCAAGAGACUAGGAACCGACUGGAGAUGAACGCUCGGCGGGCAAGGCAGAUCCCAGAUGCUACAUGGAUGGGAUUGCGAAAGGUAACCGCACCGGUGCGGACGUCUUCAGCGAUGAGGAGGGCCAGGAUGAAUGCUCUUCGCGUCAGGUGCAAGAUGGAAAUGGCUGCAGGGAUGUCUGCUAAGGAAGACAGCGAGAAGCAGAGCUGGGCUUGCGCAAAGAAAAUGUCUGAAGCAGCCAAGCCCGACCCCGCCGCCGAGCAGGUCGCCAACCCUGCGGCGACUCUUGUUCAGGACGAGACCGCAAAGGUCACGACAGACAAGGCUGCCGACAAGCCUGAGACUACCACUACCACAGAGAGCAAGGAUGAUAAGCCCAUCACCGAGAAGGCGACAGAGGCGGCAGCCGCAGUGAAGGACAACGUCUUCUCCAUGUUUGGUGGCGGCCCCGCAAAGGUCAAGAAGGAGGAGACGGACGAUGUCAAUGAGCCAUCAGGUGCCUCAAAGCCCAAGGGCGAAGACGAAGACCCCGAGAACGAGGAGCCCGAUGUCGAUUUCCAGCCCGUCGUCCACCUCACCGAGAAGGUCGACACCAAGACCAACGAGGAGCUCGAGGAGCAAGUGUUCAAGAUGCGCGCCAAGCUGUUCAAGUUUGACAGGGAAUCGCGGGAGUGGAAGGAGCGAGGCACUGGUGACGUCCGGUUACUGAAGCACAAGGAGAACGGCAAGACCCGUCUGGUCAUGCGACGAGACAAGACACUCAAGGUCUGCGCCAACCACUACGUUGUCCCUGACAUGAAGCUGUCGCCCAACGUAGGCAGCGACCGCAGCUGGGUCUGGAACGCCGCCGCCGAUGUCAGCGAGGGCGAGCCCGAGGCUCAGACCCUGGCUAUCCGUUUCGCCAACAGCGAGAACGCCAACCAGUUCAAGGAGGCUUUCAUCAAGGCCCAGCAGGAGAACGAAGCGCUGUUCGGCAAGUCGGAGCAGUAG